GCGCGCCCUCAGUGCGCAGCCGCAGUGAUCCGUUGCUGCCGCUGCCUUCGCGGCCUGUCGAAGGCCCACCCGCUCGCUCGCUCCCUCCCUCCCUCCCCGGCGCCAUGUACCCGACGUGGGGCAUGUACGGGGCGGCCCCGGGGCCUUACCCGCCGCCCGGCAUGAUGCCGCCGCCUCCCGCCAUGCCGGGCCCUCCGCCGGCCAUGCCGCCCCCGGCGCCCCUGAGCGGCUACGGCGGGCCCUCGGCGGCGGCGCCCUCGGCGGGGGGCUUCCUCAGCUUCCAGGAGCAGCACUUAGUCCAGCUGCAGCAGCUCCAGCAGAUGCACCAGAAGCAGAUGCAGGCGGUGUUGCUGGGCGGGCCCGCUCCUCCCGGGGGGCCUCCGCCGGGCCUGCCGCCUCCGCUGCCCGGCGCCUCGGGCCCAGGCCCGGCCUCCCCGUGGCCCAACGCCCCGCCGCCCCCGCUGCCCGUGCGGAGCUACCAGCAGCAGUUCCAGCACCGAGAGCCGACCUUCCGCAAUGCCGUGCCGGAGGAGGCACCCGAGCCAGCCCAGGCGCCCGAGGCCUGGAAGGGCCCCGCCAGCAGCCUGGAUAUGGACAUGGACCUCUCCUCUUCGCCGCCGCCCGGGCCCGCGCAGAGCCAGACCUCGCCCCAGGCUUACCUGCCUCACUCGCAAGCCUCGUCGUCGUCGUCGUCGCAGGCCUUUCCGGACCCCGCCGCCGCCUCCCAGCCUUACCAGCCUGCUUCCCAAUUGCCGCCCCAGCCUCCCAAGCCCAUGGCGCCACCCAGCUCCAAGCCCGAGCCUUGCUUCGCCUCCUCCCAGGUGGUUCAGCCCCCUCCUGACUCCCAGGAGUUAAGAAAAGGCAGUGGCCCCGACCUGGAGGUUAGAGGGGAACUGCAGCAAAGCACCCCCAAAACAGACCUCUCUGCGAUGAAUCUCCAGGAACAGCAGCAGUAUUGGUAUCAACAACAUCUGCUUACUCUGCAGCAGAGGGCAAAAACACAUGCAUUGGGACAGCAGCUGCCAUCAGUUUUGGGAGCUGUAAAAGAUACCCCUGAGCAGAGACAAGAAGAAAGGGGCAUUCCCAUUUCUGAUGAACUUUCUGAGUCUGCUUUGCAUUAUGAACCUAAAUUACCACAUCUCAAAGGUGGUGAUCUCCCUUUGUCAUCUGUUGAGGCAAAGUGCCCUCAGCUGAGCCUUGAGCCACCAGUGGACCCGGAGGAAAGUUUGCGAUUACAGCAGUUGCAGGUGGCAGCAACACAAUGGCAGCAGCAUCCACAGCAGCGAGUGGGCUUUCAGUAUCAGAGAAUCAUGCAAAAGCAUGCACAGCUGCAACAAAUUCUGCAGCACUACCAGCAGAUCAUGCAGCAGCCACCACAUUUGCCUACUUUCUCCGUGGAGAUGCAACUGCAGCACUUUGAGACUCAGAAUAAACAAUUCCAACCACUUUACAAAGAAUGGGAACGUGAAUUUCAGCAAUGGCAGGAUCAGCUUCAGACUUACCCUCACAAAGAUCAGCUUUAUGAGUGUGAGAAACAGUGGAUGAUGUGGCAGGGACAGAUGAAAGCUACUCAUAUUCACCUUCAAGAAAAAGUCAAGUCUCUUCGAAACAUGAACAGUCAAUAUGCUAGCAGUGGAACUUUACCACUUCUAUAUUCUCCAUAUUCUCAAACAAUGCAGAGUGGUAUGCCAAUGGCAUCAUCUACUUUGUCCUCAGCUUCACUCCCUCUGUCCUCUACUGGAUUCUCUUCUGACCCACAGACAUCUGAUAUGCCUGUUUCAAACGAUCCUGGCCUUCAGUGCACCCAGGCCAUUGAAACAAGGCCAAACGUGUUACCUACAGCAGGUUCUUCUAAAUUUAAAACUACUGAAUCACUUCCCAAUUCCCAGCCCACAGAGAUGGUAAGACCAGCUCUGCUUCCUACUCCUGCCUCUUCUUAUGCAUACAAAGCAGCUGAGUUACCGUCCAGUACCCAUAACACAGAAGUAACUAGACCAACUCUUUUUCCUACUCCUAGUUGUAUUUCUAAUGCCAGUGAGCCACUUCCCACAUCCCAGAUGACAGAUGUGGCCAGGCCAGGUCUGCUUCCUACUCCUACCUCCACUUCUACAUUUAAAGCAGCUGAGACUCCUACCACCCCCCAGACCAUGGAGUCAAGCAGACCAGCUCUGCUCCCUACCCCUACAUAUACUUCUUUCUCCUAUAAAAAUAAUGAUUCCUCAGUCACUUCCCAGUCAACUGAGGCAACCAGACCAGCUCUGCUUCCUACCCCUACUUCUACUUCAUUGUCAUUUAAAGCUUCUGAUUCACUUGCCAGUUCCCAGGCCACUGAAACAGGCAGAGCAGCUCUUCUCCCUACCCCUGGUUCCUUUUCUUAUAAAAAUACAGAUACAUCUUCCACUUUAUCUAGUCGCUCAAAUCUAACAUCAUCUGCUAGCUCUUCAGACCAAGGAAGUUCUUAUGUUCCUCUGGGUAAACAGCCCAUGUUAUUUGGUUCAUCUGAACCAACUUCUGUUGAAGUGAAACCCCAUUCUAUAGUAUCAUCAUCUGCAUCUACUCCUACUACUACUACAACCACCACCAUCACUUAUCAGAACAGACAAGGGAGAACAGCUGGGUUUUCCGAUUCUCCAAGAGGAUCAUACAAUGAAGAUCCAAGGGGCUCAAGGUUUGAUGAACCACGAGGAAGAGGUUUUGAGAGAUUUGACUCCCCAAGACAGAGAAUGCCUCAUAUUCAGGGCCAACGUUUAGAAGGUCCAUGGCCAAGGCUUCAAAAUCAGCCUAACGAUGGAUUAUCAGGCAAACAGGGGCCUAUCCCUCGGGGUCCAGCAGCAGCAUUUUAUAGUCCUUCAGGUGCAUCACAAAUCCAGACAUCUCAAGCUGGUGGCCCACAUUGGCGAGGACCUAGACCUCCUCUGGGACACCAGAAUCAUCACAGAGAAAGUAAAGAAUCUCUUACUGAAAUGGCAAGUGGCCAGACAGUGGCAAAUAAAUCUAAAUUUACACCAGAUACAAAAGUAUCUGACCCAGGUCAGCCCGAUAAGGACUUGUCUGCAGCACAACAAAAUCUAUCCAAAAAAGAGUCUGAGGUAAUGUCAGAAGCAAAAAAGCAAAAUUUAGCUGAAUCUGCAUCACAAUCAGAAACUUCAAAAGCAUCUAGCUGUACUUCAACUGUUCUGCAUCAGCCACCAGUAUCUUCACUUCCUCCAAAAUCCGGAGCGAAGAAAGCAUUACUACCAUCACCAGUAAUAGGAAAUAAAGAUGUUAACUCUAUGGAAAAUAAAUUGGCUUCAGAAAAUAAUCAGAGCAAGGAACAGUCUAAAGUGGAGGACAGGGAAAGGGGCCAAGUUACGCCAAGAGAUACGCCGGCAAAAGGGCCAGUUGGCAGAGGCAGGGGCCAGGGUAGAAUGGAAGAUACAAGAGGCAGGGGCCGGGGGCGCUUUGGAGAUGUCAGAGGCAGAGGAAUGUCAAAUAGAGGUAGAGGUCAGACUAGAGAUGUAGCUGGUAGAGAUGUAAGCAGUGGACUAGGAAACCAUGACAAGCUAUCAGAGGGCAGUUGGGAAUCUGAGAUAGGAGGACAGCCUGGCAACCAAGAAAGGGCAUUGGGUAGGAGACCAAGCAGCCAGGAGAAGGGGUUACCACCACGGAUGGGCAACAAAGAAAGGGACUGUGCAAGUAGCCUAGAAAGAGGUACAGUCAGGCCUCCCAACAGCCAGGAGAGAGGACUGGAUUGGCAGACUGAGAGCAGGGAGAGGGACCCAGUUCAUCAAGCUAGUAGCUGGGAGAGAGACCUAGUCAGGAGACCUAGUAGUCAGGAAAGAGAACUAGGGAGGAGGAGGAGGCCUGGUAAAUGGGAGAGGGCUCUGUACAGAUACGAUGGAGGUGAUAAUGAAAAUGUACCUCAAUUUUGUGAAGAACAAACUAGGCCUCCAUGGGCUUACAGAGAAGUUGGAAUGGAAGAAGGACAUCCAUUUGAAUACAGAGAUAUUCCUCCCCCAGAGCACAGGCGAUCGGAUGAUUGGGACAGAGACAGAUACUGGCAUGACCAUGACCAGGGGUAUGAUGAUCCCCAUGAUUCAUAUGAGAGAGAUGACUUAUUACCACACCGCCAUCCAUUGCCUCCACUUUCACCUCUGCCCCCUCUGCCUCCUUUACCUCCCAUAUCUACUGAUGUAGAGAGACAAGAUCCACUUUGGGAUGACUGGGAACGGCCUGUGCAUAGAGACAGGGAGAUAGAAAGAGAUCUUGAUCGGAUCAGAAGACCCAUGGAUGUGUAUGAUCAUAGAUUAGAAAGAGACUGGGACAGAGAUUACUUGAGACCACUGGACAGGGAUGCAGCGAGUCAUGAUCUGGAUAUACCUCCUCUCCCUCCAUUGCCUCCUCUUCCUCCUUUAGACAGAUAUCAUGAGGAUCGGUGGUUGGAUGAAAGAGAGAGAGAUUUCUAUGACAGAGAUCCUAGAGAACGGGGAGAGCUAAGAAUUCGAGAGUAUCCAGAGAGACAUGAUAUGUGGAGAGAACAGCCUGACUUACCACCUGACAGGGGUGAUUGGGAAAGGGAAAGGUUUUCAGAUAGGUGGUACCAGGAUGAAAGGGAUAGAUUCCCACUUUUAGAAGAUCGUAUGGAACCACCGCCUCUGCCACCACGGCCUGAUUUACUGGGAGAAGAGUCAAAUGUAACCUCUGAGCAGUCUGUGGGAGGAGUAAUGAUCCUUAGUCAAAGACAGCAUGAAAUCAUUUUGAAAGCAGCUCAAGAGCUAAAAAUGAUACGAGAACAGAAGGAACAUAUGCAUCACAUAAAAGAAUAUCUUCCUGAGCCCCAAAUGUCUGAAUUGUCACAGCAGGAAAUGGCUAUAUCACAGAAUACAGCUAGUAGAAAGGAUAAUUUUCUGAAGCCUACCCCAAGCCAGAUGCCAACAAUCAAGCCAGCUACUUCAGUGGCAAAGCCUUCUGUCCCAAUUAUGGCGCCAUCUAUUCCAACGACAAAAGCUUUCCAACAAGCUGCUCUACCAACACAGCCAAAUGCUCCAAUUCUCAUGUCAACUGCAGCACCCACACACGUUGCAGCUCCUGUGAUAAAGUCAUCGCCUGGCAUGAACCAGGAGCGUUGGGAUGAAGAUUCAUUCCAGGGACUUUGGGAUAUCAGUGAAGAUAAAGGUUUAAAGUUAGAGUAUGACUCUUUUAGAGCAGGUCCUUCAUUGCCCUCAUCAACAAUCCCAGCAUCCAUUGCUCCAGGAAUGGCACAGUUUUCCAAGCCACCAAUUAUUCAUCAGACAGUUGAUUAUGGACAUGGACACAGUCAUGGCCAAGACAUUAGCACCAAUAAAGGUGGACAUAUUCCUUAUGGGGAACGAAUAGCUCUACGUCCAGAACCUCCUCAUGAAAGACAGUCCUUUUCAAAAGAACAUCCAAGCCAACGAGAUCGAUACAUGAAGGAGAGAGACAAUUAUUUUGAGCGGCAAAAUAAUACUUCAGAUCACAGAGAUUUCAGGAGAGAACGAGAACCAUUUAGGGAACGUAUUUCUGGGGAGCAUGAACGGGAAAGAUUUGACAAAGAACGCUAUCCACGAGAAGAUAGGCCAUCUCCUUCAAGAACUCAGUCUUACCGUGACAAAGACUAUUCAAACGCAAGGAAGGGAGGAUUUGAAAGGCAGCCAUAUGAGAGGAAACCUGAUCGUCCGCCUUAUGAUCAUGGGCAUUCUAUGUUUGGAGGUGACCGGAGAAAUUACCCUGAGGAUAGAAUGCCCCUUUCUGCCCCAUCAAUACCUCGACAGCCACCACCUGCCCCUCGUGUAGAGAAAAAACCAGAGUCUAAAAAUGUGGAUGAUAUACUGAAACCACCUGGGCGGGAAAGUAGACCAGAGAGGAUUGUCAUUAUCAUGCGAGGAUUGCCAGGCAGUGGAAAAACGCAUGUUGCAAAGCUCAUCAGGGAUAAGGAAGUAGAAUGUGGAGGAGCUGCUCCCAGAGUACUCAGCUUGGAUGACUAUUUUAUUACUGAAGUAGAAAAAGAAGAGAGAGACCCUGAUACAAAGAAAAGAGUAAAAAAGAAGGUUUUGGAAUAUGAAUUUGAAGCUGAUAUGGAAGAAAUCUACCGUACCAGCUUAUUCAAAACUUUCAAAAAAACUUUGGAUGAUGGAUUCUUUCCCUUUAUUAUUCUUGAUGCCAUUAAUGAUCGAGUACGCCACUUUGAGCAAUUCUGGAGUGCUGCAAAAACAAAAGGAUUUGAGGUUUACUUGGCUGAAAUAACUGCUGACCACCAAAUUUGUUGUAAGAGAAAUGUUCAUGGACGCAAACUCAAGGAAAUUAAUAAGAUGGCUGAUCAUUGGGAGACAGCACCUCGUCAUAUGAUGCGCUUAGAUAUUCGCUCUUUGCUACAAGAUGCUGCUAUUGAAGAGGUGGAAAUGGAAGAUUUUGAUGCCAACAUCGAAGAUCAGAAAGAAGAAAAUAAGAAGGAUGCUGAAGAAGAAGAAAGUGAACUGGGUUACAUUCCGAAAAGCAAAUGGGAGAUGGAUACUUCCGAAGCAAAAUUAGACAAAUUGGAUGGAUUACGAACUGGUGCUAAGAGGAAGCGUGAUUGGGAAGCAAUUGCCAGUAGAAUGGAAGAUUAUCUGCAACUUCCUGAUGAUUAUGAUACCCGUGCUUCGGAACCAGGAAAGAAGAGGGUGAGGUGGGCAGACCUUGAAGAGAAAAAAGAUGCAGACAGAAAAAGAGCUAUUGGCUUUGUUGUUGGACAAACCGAUUGGGAAAAAAUCACAGAUGAAACUGGUCAUUUUGCUGAAAGGGCCCUCAAUCGUACUAAAUACAUCUGAUGCAAUUGUCAAGUGGAGCUUUUCUUCAUUUAAGACCGUUUGCUUUGGUGAGAACAGAACACAGGGUAGCAUGGAGAAGGUCAUUAUCCAUCUUGAAAGUUGUGUACUUUUCUUUUAAAACUUUUACUUUGUUGGGUACAUCCACAUUCUUAACUGGUAUUGUCCAGGAUCCCCAAGUUACAUGGAGUCUUCUUGCAUCUAAAUGUGAAAGAAGGUUUUUGUGUUAAAAUUUGUAGUUUUAGCUUUUACGCUUGCAGUAGAAUGAAAUGGUAAGGCCAAGAACAUUUUCUUCGCUGUAUUAUCACAGAAUGUCAGCAUUACUAUUGCAUUGUUGCUUUGUGGCUGUUGUUAUUUUAUACUGUACAAACUGUAGUUUAUUGUACUAGAAAAAAAACAAUAAAUUUUCACUAAGAAUUUAGUGAAUUAUACUGUAGUUGGCUGUGUUUUAUGUGAGCUCUUUCUUUGUGUGGGUGAACAGCUAUCUUUAAAAAAUAUGUGAUCUGUCUUUUUGCAGACUGUUUUUCAAAAGGCCCAUAUAGAAGAAUGUGAGUGAAUGAGCCCAGGUGGCUUUGGUUGUUAGAGAAUUUUGACUCCUUAUAAACAUUUUUUUCGAAGUAUUUUUAUUAUACACACAAAAAAUUAAACAUGCACCAGAAAGCAUUAGUUGAUGCACAGAGAAAAAACAUCUUUGCUCCAAGAGGCCUUUGUUUUACACCAGAGAGUAAAUAAGUUGCCUUCAGGAAAGAUGGUUGAGUGACUUUCCAUACAGUGCUCUCUCUGUCUCAUGACAUGCAUGGCUUCACAUAUUUGCUAAUGAACAAAUACAUUUACCCUUCUAGAUUUCCAAUUAUGUUGUGAAUUAUAUGGCUGGAGAAGAUGCUGGAUUGAAAGCCUGAAUGAGGCUUUUUUUGUUAAUUAUCUUUGAAAUUGUUGUUCUUAGUUUUAGUUUGAAACGGGGAGGGUGAUCUGAAAGCGGCUUCAGAUUCUGUUUAGUCAGUCAGUGAUUGCUUUGCAGGCAAUUCCUAUUCAUGAGCACAUUAGUACUGAUGAAGGCAUAUUUCCAUAUUGAAGAGGACCACAGUUCAGUAUAUCAUGAAUGGUUUGGUUUCCUAUUGUAAUGCAUUUGUUUACUUGACAUUUUCCAGUCUGAUUAAUUAUGUAUAAUUUAAAAAUUGUUCAUUCUCAGAAUGAUAAUAGAAUAUCUGAAUGUUAAAAUGCCACGAAAGCUUAUUCGUAUGUAUACUUUCCCAUUAUAUCAUGCUAUUUUUUGUUAUUUGUAAAUUAUUUUUGGACCUGCAUUUUAUGGUAAUUGUAUAAAGACAUAGAAAAUUGAAAGCUUUUAAGACCUUGUAGAGGUCAAGAUGGCACUCCUAUUGUUUUUAUUUUCUCAUAUCUCAUGAUAUAAAGGAACCCUAUAGUAUUCUCAAAGCCAGAAUAAUAACUGAAGUUGGACAAAGAUGGUUAGAAAAAUCUCUUUGAAGUAUCGUUUUUCUGGGGAGGAGGCAAUAUGUUUAAAAUAAUUAUCUUUUUCUUAUCUAAACCUUAAUGUAGUCUCUCCAUACACACAUUUAAGGAAAAGAAGUUCAUGGCUAGCACUGAGACAUAUUGCCAUGAGACAUUUGUUGGUAGCAGAAGCUGUCCACCUGAGAUAGCAACCUGAUUUAGACAGAUUUAAAUAUAAUACUAGAUGGAAAGGCAUAACUUAGGAGUGAAGUAUUAGAUGCACUCACAAGUCUAACAAUUUCUGGAAGGUCACAAUUGCCCAUUUCUGAAUUUCAACUAAGCCUUUCUCUACUGUUUGUGCAUAUGCCAUCACAGGGGUCAGUCAGAUUCCAAUCAGUAUUCAGGCCUGGGUUCUUCCUGUCUAGCUGUAAAUAGAUCUGACUGGAGGUGGCCCAGAGAAAUAAUCCACAAACAGUUGGCACAUUUAUCAAGGGGAAUGGCUACCCACAAUUACUGGCUGCACAACAGGUCACCCAAAAGCUGGCUGCACUGACUUACUUAUCUAUUAUAUGUUUUAUAAAUAUUAAUGACUCCUUCUACCCUGCCUCAUUGCAGACAUCUUUUUGUGGUGCUAAAACUGCAUAUGCAAGUAGUGGUUGACGUAGACCAUAUAGAAAUGGCCUUAUAUUUUGUGAUCUAGGUAUUUUUAUCAAAUUAUAACAUGCAUGUAACCACUGUUCACUCAGUAAUGUAGAUGAUUUAUUUCCUUCUGUUUUAUGGGCUCUGUUAGUCUGAUAUGCUUAGUCCUUUCAAUAUACUUAAUAGUCAAAAAUAGACAAAAAAAGUACCCAGUGACUGUAUGUUGCCAAAACAUUUAAGUAGAUAGUGCUGAAAAAACAAUAUGAAACCCCAAUUGUGACUGAGGGAAAGAAAAUAUUAAUGAUGAAGGAGAAUCCCGGGAAGGCUUCACAGAAAAAGGAAAGAAUUUAAUUCGCUGGUGGUUAAACUGAAGAACAAAGGCACCCCCUUUCGAUGGCUCUUCCCAAAGGGCAUCUCCUUCUACCAUAAGUCAAAGAGUCAUUAGAGAUGCAGGGAAGGUUGAACAGUUCCUAAGGAAAUACGCCCAGGACUUUCCGAAUGGAGAACAACAGCUUGCAGGCGAUGAGAGCCAGGGGCACAGAAGGGGUAAAGGGGUGCCACAGGAAAGGAAAGAGCUAAAGCGGAAGGAGCAGGAGGAAAAUGAGAAGGAGAGCACCCAAGCGGAUAAAGAAAAAGAAGAGGAAGAGGAAGUUGAAAAAGUGGAAGAAGAAAAUGAAAAAGUGGGGGGAAAGACUAACAAAUAAAGGGACAUUAAGAGUAAUGAACUGAUUAUUGGGAAAUAUAAUAUGUUUCUUUUGCUGACUGGGAUGGGGAAAAGGUGGGGGGGAUGGGGUUGAGUAGACUUAAAUGUCUGUAUAAAAAUUAAAAAUUAUGUCUUGUAAUAUUAAAGGUUUAAAUGAACUUGUGAUUCAGUGAGGAAAAUCUUGAAAUAUGAAGAUCUGAUUGGAUCAAUAGAAAAUUUUUCUAUUGCUUUCAAAUGUGGUUUUAACUUGGAAAGCAUUUGUCACAGAUGUGAAUCCCAGUGGAUGACUAUGACUUUGUAGGUACUGAACUUUUAAGUUUGACUUCAGCCAUUCUUUAUGUGUAUCUGUAUCUUCUUUUUAAUUUGGGUUAUUUGUAUUUUAUUCAUAGGCAAGUGUUAACCUUCCAUAAAUCCAGGAAAUUCCUUUCUAUAGAUGGAUUAUAAAUGUAUUGAGUUGGGUUAUAAAUCUCACUUUUUCUUCUGUUUCCUUUCUGAUUUGCAAUAUAUAUUUAUAAAAUUAAAAUUAAUUAAGAAAUUAACAUAAGACUAUUAUAGAGAUUUUGUCAUAACUAAUAAGUCUGGCAAAGAGGCUGUUGCUCUUAAGAUUCUUCAUCCAUUUAUCAGAUUACAGCUGUCCCCGGAUUAAGAACAAGAUAGGUUCUGUAGAUUUGUUCCUAAAUUGAAUUUGUAUGUAAGUCGGAAGAGGUACAAUUUUUAAGUGUAAUUCCAGCCAAUUUAUUUUUAGUUUUGGAUAGCACAGGGAUGGGUUAAGACCCCUGUAACAUUUGCUUUGCUGUCUAUGCAACUGUUAAGAAUAUUGCAUCUUACUUUCUGUCCCUGUGACAAUUGGAUUUUGAAAUUUUUGGGCUGUCAUAGAAACAAGGAUUGGCGAGAAAGCUUUAGUGGAGCUUUGCCUUUCCUAUGAGUCUUUUUCCUCUUCUCACCGCUUUUUGUAACUAGAAGUUGGAUGUAAGUGGGAUGUUUGUACCUUUGAGAGGUGCUAAAAGGUAAUAGGAUGCCUUAAGGUGCUAAUACGUGUAGUGGCCUCUCAGCUCCAGGUGUUCCUUGGUGAGGCAGAUUUUCUACAUCCAUUUCAAUCUGUUGUUGUCCUGGCAAUAAGACAAAAUUGGGUUUGGUCCUUUUAGUGAAUGUCUUGCUUUGAUGCUUUUGAUGCUGUUGAUCAUAGUAUUCUGUCAUGGUCUUCAGUGCACUUUUUUACAGUGGCUUCAUUCUUUUCUGAAGGGAAGAACCCAAAAAUGGUACUGAGGGAUUCUGCUUCCAUUCAUUUUCCCCAUGCUAUUUAACAUCUGCAUGUUGUAACCAGUGGGAGAGCUUUCCAUAGUUUGAGGUCAGUACCAUUAGUACACUGAGCAAGUGAUUGGAUGUUCACUACUGUGCAUAUAAAUGACAUGGGAUAUGGCAGCAGUAACCUCCAUAUGAUACCUAAGGAAUGCUACUUGCAUGCCUACUUCAGCUAAUGGGAGGGUUUGGGCUACAUUUCUAUAAGUUUUCACUUUUUGCACACUCUUAAAACAGUUUGGUUUAGAUUCAAGCAUUGUUCCUGGCAAUUCUGCAUCCUUGGACGUCAUGCAGAAAUUUGAGGUGACCAUACACAGAAACACAAUACAGAAUCACUUGUUACCAAACACUGAUGUCAAUAACUAUGGAUGAUAUUAUCUCUCUACAUGGUUUUACCAGUGGGAUCUUUCUAGGCACUGUUGGAUUAGAUAGACUUUUGGUCAGUAACAGCAAGAUAGUUUAUUUGUUAAAACAAUACUUUCACUUGCAUGAUGUUGUACAUUGGUCUUCUGAUUCUGAGGGAGAAGGAGGUGGUUGAAGACACAGCAGGACUUGGGGAUUUAGGAUUAACUGGUGAUGAUGAAGACAAGGGAGGAAUGAUAACAGAUAUGGCAGAGAUCCCUACUUUUUUGGAGCGACAAAGGGAGAAAGAAGGCAGAAGAAGGUCAGCUUAGGCUAGCAGAGAGAACACUGAGCAAUCAGACCUUGCCCAAGGGUCAGCUGUGCUGGAAAGUUAAGGGCCACAAAUUAGCAGCAAGGCUAGAGCCCAGUGCUGGCUGCAACCUUCUUACUUUCGAGAAAGAGCCUGAACCCAGCAUCGUGUACAUAUAGCGUGGAAUCUCUGAAACCUGUUAUUGACAAUUCGUAAGCCUGUCUAGUAAAAGCUAUAUUUGAUGUCUGCUUCAAAGACUUUUGUUUUGACUUUACUUGAAGAUUAAUAUCGAGAUAUUGCUUUCUGUUUUCUAAAUUGCAUUAUCUUUAUUUUGGCUGAAGUAAAGCUCUUUUUAUUUGCUUUCACUUGUGUUAAGGAUGUUUCUGGCGCAGAACUGGACACAUAUGGCAUAUGAGAUAUCUAUCCUCCAGCCUCAUUAAGCCCGGCUUAAAGAAUAUAGAUGAUUUACCCCUAAGCAUUCAUUCACCACAAUAUUUGUUACAUUUCCACAUAUUUCUAUUGAUACAUGCCUUUUUAUUAAAUUUAUUUAUGUUUAUAUAAACCUCACAUUUAUAUUGAUAAAAUCCUAAUCAAAUGCACCAAUAACAUCCCACAGUGGGCUGAACUCACACCAGAUUAGACUGAGGCAAAAAUCUUGUUAUAAAGUGAUAUAGUAGUAAACUUUGCAAAUCUUACAAUUUCUUCACCAGUCAUGUAUUUUUUCAGUUAUAUUGUUUAAGAAGAGACGUUACAUAUACCGGCAUAUAGCACUGUAGAUUGUCACUCUUCCUUUAUGUAAUGAAUAUCAAACUAUAUCGAAUAAUAUUUUAAUUCUCAUAUUCUAAUUGGUGCUCUAAUAACCACAUAAAAUCACAGUGUUCAACUGCAUUCAAAUUUGCCAGUACAGGCAGCCCCCAAGUUACGAACAAGAUCAGUUUGUUUUUAAGUUGAAUUUGUAUAUAAGUAGGAACAGGUACGUUUUUAAAUGUAACUCCAGCCACAUACACACGUGCACACACACGCACGCACACACGUGUAUAUAUAAGCUUUGGAUAGCAUAGGGAAGGGCUGAUACCCCUGUGAUGUUUGAGGUCUGUAUCCCUGUUCAGAAGAUUUCAUCUCACUUUCUAUCCCUGUGGUAUUUUGGAUUUUGAAAAAUUUAGUUUGUUGUGGAAACAAAGAUUGGUGAGAGAGCUCCAGUUGAGACACCUGAAAAGAGUUUCCAGGAAUGAAUUUCCCUACUUAGGGAAAGAUUUCUCUCACUUCCUGUUGUCUCACCCCUGUUCUUAACUUUGAGUUGUUUGUAAGUCAGAUGUUUAUAACUCGGGGAUUGCCUGUACAUUUUGCCAUAUCACCUGAUUUAUAUAGUUUAAAAGAACAAUUUUAGUUUUAUUUCAUGAUCUGUUUGGAUCAGCACCAUCCUGGUCUGCUGUUGGGAAUCUGUGGAGACUUCUUUCUAUCCCAUUGCUAUCAACACUUGUAACAAACUUCUUCUGAGUGAGCUGCUUUUGUAAAAAUCACUUUCAUGUGGAUUCUUAGCACACACAAAAAUAAUAAUCAAAGAUAUUGUAUAAUUGCAUAUUCACAGACACCUCUGUGUCUGACUCGUCAAUAACUUAAUCUCAGUAUAGUGAUCUCAAAAUAUGCAUGUAUAUAAACAAAAUCAUGUAUUUAACUGAAGACAGUAAUGAAACUAUUCACAAUUACUUGUUGAUCAAAUGUGUUAUAAAAUAAUGCUUUAACUUAGCUCUUAUAGUUAUUUAUGCCCUGGAAGAAAGGUGGGAUAAAAAUUUUAAAACAUAAUGCGUGACUAUUUGUAUUAUCCUUCCUAAAACACCCCAACAGACUUCACUUUGUCCUCUGACUAUUCUAACAACUGUCACUCUUCUUAAUUUUACUCUCGAACUCUAACUGACCUAGAUUAUGAUAUGCAACAGCCUUUUCACAAUCCCAUUUGGACAUUCCACCAAAGUCCAAUAACUCUCCCAACAAACUGUUUCCUUAUUUCAUGCAAAACAAUACAGUACUUAGCUAUACAUGACAUUAUAUUACCUUACUUUCUAUAACGUAAGCAAAACAACAUUGUCUAUAUUUGAAACAAAUAUAUUAUUUUCUAAAAAAUAAACACAAGUCUAGAACUUCACAGACAUACAAACAUAUAAGGUAAGUAAGUAUACAAGUGUUCCUUCCUGGUAGAGUAGAUGCAUAGAACUUGAGAUGUGGUUUUUGUGACUACCUUUCCAAUCUGAAGUCUCAUAACAACUUGUAAUCCACUUCUGCCACUGGUUAAAUACAACCUGAAUUGAAAGUGUAGAACAACAUAUGAUGUGGGGCAAGCUCUUUCACAGUCAUUCUGUACUGAGUAUUUUGAGGGGGGGGGGGGGGGUGUUGUACCCGGGCAAUCUAAAUUCUGCAUCACCAGAAGUCGUAGUGUGUAAGGUGUUAAAAUGAAGUAUAUCUAACAUUUUAUUUUUCAUAAUUGUGAUAUUUGCCAGUCAUGGAUAUGAGGAAAGAUCUGUUUCCACAACCACUGAAGUGAUAUUCAGCUACUUCUGACAUUUAAAUCAGAAAUGCUAGAGGAUUUUUUGCUUUAAAAAAGGUGAGAUCACUAGUUGAUUUAUGUGUCCAUUAUCAUGCAUUCCUGUGAAAUCACGAGAUUUGUGUAGCUUUCACUUAUAAGGCGUGUGGAAGGAACUUUCUUGUGAUUUGUGGAAUAGAGAUGGGGUUUUUUUACACAUAUCUGAAGCAGACAAAAAUAUAUUGAUAGAAUCAACAAUAAGAUGAAAUAGAACAAAUUCUCAAAGGUUCCCAACUUUCACAAUGAAUUUAAAUUAGAAAUAAAUAAGCCUUAGUAAUGAAUUUAUUUGCUUUCAUUAGCUCAUUUCACUGAUAUCUGUGGACAAUAGAGCCACUUCAUCCAAUUGAACAAAUAACACUAAAUGUGUUUCAUAAGAAGUGUAUUGUACAUAUUUCCAUUUCUUUUUUCAUUCCUUUUGUAAUUGUGCAUUAUAACUUGAACUCAUCAGUUUUCCAGAAUCUCCUGUUUCCAGAAUGAUGAGUGUGCAGUUUUGUCAUAAAAUCUUUGGAUACAGGAUCUGAUAAUUAAUUGAACUUGCAAGCUGUUCCUUGCUACCACACUACACACACUCUUCUGCAAUGUUAUAACUGGCAUGUGAAAAACAACCCUCUCAGUGCAAGCACUAGACCUAAUAUCCUUAACACUUCAUUGACAAAUCUUUAUAGAGACUAUUCUCACGUUUAGUUGAGUGUUCUCGUUAUACUUACUCUGUGAUUAAACCCUAAUGUUGAGUGACAGAUUUGUACACAAGUCAAGGUUAUAAACAAAGUUUAUUAUUAUUAUUAUUUAUAUUAAGUCUUUUCUUAUGCUAAUAUUCUUCAUACUGUAGUGUUUUAUUCUUUAUUUUCUUGCAUUUUAAUCUUUCAUUUUUGUGUUUGUUCAGUGCAUUCACACUAAAUUAGAAAUACUAGCUUUUAAUAAUGAUCAAAGUGGAAUAUCAACUAGUCUACUUAUUACUGUUUUUAUUCCAUUGUUUUCCCCACUGCAUUACAUAAAAUAGUCGGUCAAGUCGCUCCUGACAUGGAAAAAAAACCCAUAGAAUAUUGUCUUGCCUUUGAGAUACUAAAAUGCCAUUGACUCUAUACUGAAAUUAAUUGUACCUACUUAGUUUUUACUUGCAUGACCAUUGCUCAUUAUCCAACAAUGUUAUAUUUAACUAGUAACAGUUAUUCCAGUUUCAUUCAUCAUCUUGUUGUAAACAAGAACUGAAUACAUCAUGCGUAACAAAACCCAACAUUACAGAACAUCAGUGGGAAUAUAAGCAUUGGAGAGAGCUCAAAUAUGCUACGUAUUGUAAAAAUAAUUGUGUUACAAAUUCCAUCCAUCAAGAUGUUGCCCUUUCUUAAAUUUAUGCUGCAUCUCUAAUAUCAGUUCAUUGUUUUUUUUAAAAAAAAUGUUGAAUGGCCAUAUUUGUGUAUUUGUUAAAAUUAUGUGUGCUGCUUUUCAUUUUCACAGAGAGUUCCAUUGUAGGUUGCUGUGAGUUUUCCGGGCUGUAUGGCAUUGUGGUUCACAAAAAUAAACUCAUAACAUAGUUCCAUUGUGUUUCACAAAAUAAAGUCAUAACAUAGUACAAUAAACUGAUCAAUAAGAAAUAGUAAAAUAUUCCAUUCACAUUACAAGACUAUGCUGACAAACCAGAAAAACACUUGUGCAAACAAAUUUUAAGUUUUCAGUGGGUACACUCCUCAAUGGGAAGAACAUUCCUUGCAGUAGGUGCCACAAUAGUCUAGGUCAGAGCUUUCCAAACUGUGUCAUGACACAUUAGUGUGUCAGCUGCAGUAUUUAGGUAUGUCGCACAAAUGUAGUGAGAAAUCCCUGGAGUCUAUGAAAUAAACAAUAAACCAUUUUUCAAUAUAUAAAUAAAAGGUUUUCAUGUGAUACGUUGUACUCCCAUACACUUUGUUCUUACCAUUUAAGCAUGUGUCCAUAUCACUUAUUAGGGAUUGGUUUAGGCUCUUGUUUGCUAGGGAAGCUUAAUGACUGUGUUGAAAAUGGUGCAUGUCUAAAACGUGUGUCAUCUCCAUGAAAUGUUUGGAAAGCUCUGCUCUAGCUGAUUCGUGGCCAUACCUGACUUGGAUGCAACAGAAAUACAGCUGGGUGUUAUCAUUGUAUAGGAAACAGUCCCAAAUCCUCCACACCUCACUGUGGCAUGGUGAGUCCUCCUGCUCUCGUCUGAUUUGGAAAUGACCUAGAACUGGGCUCAGUACAUGAAUAGGAGUGCCUGAUAAGAUUGGGAACUAAGUCUCUCUGAAACACUGGGUAGCCAUUAUAAAUCACUGUUCACCGUACUGGGUUAGAUGGACCUAAGUUUUCACUUCAGUAUAAAAUAGCUUCCUGUAUUCCUGAAAUGGCUUAUAAAGACUGGGGUGAUCUACCUAUACAGUAGAUAACCUCAACUUUUUAUAGCCUCAUAUAUCAACAAUAAUGUAUUGGCUCUGCAAGUAAUUGGUAUAUUAGUGAAUAGCUUUCAGCACAGGAAUCAUACGUUAUGCAGUAGAGAGCACCGCCGAACAGUCUAACCACCAUAUUCUGGGCCAGCUUUUGCUUCUGAAUGAGUCUCAACAGCAGCCUUCAUGACAUGCAUUACAGCAGGGCAGUCUUGAGGUUAUUGAUACAUGAAUCGUUUUAGAUUGCCUAGGCAUGUCCAAGAACUAUCACAGCUGCUGUAUGAGUCGAUAAGAAGGAGGUUUGUUACCAUAUAGAGGCUGCCUGAGCCUCCGAUGGCAGAUGAAUCCCCGAGCUCCUCCAAACUACAUACCUAUACAUGCCGUAGAAAUGCAACCCUAUCCAUAACAGGUGAGUUACCCAGUUUCUGAGACCAGAAAAUACUAAUAGUGCCUCUAUCUUUUCAAGAUUAUAUUUUGACUUACUGGUAAACUUCCUCCAAUUUUCUGUAUCACAGUACUAAUUCAAGUCAUUCAUAGACUUGCUCAGCUUGGAUGUUUCAAAAGUAGUUUUAAGUAUACUGAUAGCACUUAAGUUCAAAUCCUCAUUGUCAUUCAUACAAAUGCUAAAUAGCAUUGGGGUCACGACUGCUUUGUCUAAUCUACAGCACCAUGAUCAAGAAGCUGAGACACAGAUCCCAAUAUUAUUCUGUGGAAUUGAAACCUCAGGUACAAACAGAACUAUAGCAAUAUAAGUACUUUAUAUUGCCAUCCUGGAUAUUGCCAGUUGUAUAAAAUAUGAGAAAUGAAAAGGAAGCAGUUUGAUCAUUUUCCCUCACCUGAUAAAUAGUCAUCUGUCGGGGUGACUAAUGCUAAUUCUGUUCUUGAAGCAAGAAUGGUUUCAGGUACUCUGCAUUUUCUAAGGUCUUGCUUGGCAAAGGUGUCACAAGCCACCAAGCAUAUGAAAAUAUUAUUUGCCAGAUGGAGGAAGCCUUCAUGUCACUCAAGAAAGUUUCACUGGACAGCUACUAAAGGAUCCAGUAGAGUCACCAAAAUAAACUUUUUCUCCCUUCACUGCCACACGAUACAGGAUUAUCUACCCUAUCACAUACAUACUGUCAUAAUCAUAGCCAAUCAUAACCGUGUGAUCUGUCUCUCACAAUGCUUGACAGAAACCUAGAUCGAAUGCAUCAUGGGUAUUCUUGGCAAGACUUGUUCAAAAGAGGAGAUUGCGUAUGGUUUGCUCAAGGUCACCCAAUUGGUUUCCAUGGCCAAGCAGAAAUUUGAAUCCUGGCCUCUUAGAGUCCUAGCCCACUCUCAAACAAUUAUACCACACUCCUUUUUGGAACUUCAGCUCCUAGACACUGACUGAAUGAUGCUGACAAUGUUUAUUAAAAUGUGACUUUUCCAAACUCUUGACAGGUUUCUGAGGUUGAUACCCAGUUUUAUUAGCCACAUUGGGUACAUCUACAUUGUAUGAUCACAGCAUUUUGAUAUCACUUCAGCUGUCAUGACUCCAUCCUAUAGGAUCUGGAGGCUGUUGUUUGGUGAGGGACUAGGAAUUCUGUGAUGGAGAAUUCUCAUUAAUUUCCUCUAUGUACAACACUACAGUAGAAACCAAUGGGAUCUACAGCAUGAGAAGGGUACUCGGGACACAUUAGUGUGCCUUAUUCACCACCCCAUAGUAAGGCCAAGAUCUUGGUAAGUAUGUGUGCUCUAAUUCUUAGAAGCCUCCAGAGCAUUUAGAAAGUAUUGAUUGUCUAAGUCAUACUUUUAAAAUAACUUCUGUCUUUGCAGCAACAGGAUGGGGGUGGCUGAUGCUGUGGAAAUAGUUUGAUUGUAACAACUUGCUGUAACCCACCAGUAACAGAAUCGGGCUUCUCACACCCAAAAGGAAUGAUUAAAUCAAUUGCUAUAUUGAGUCAAAUACAUCACAGGAGCUCCAUGGAAGUUAUCUACUCCUAAGCCAGACUGCUAAAUAUUCUUGGCAUGAAAGUUGAGGUCCCCCAGAUCUGUUAACUUUAAGGUCUCAACUGCAUACAUAACAUCCCCUCAUGGAAGGAUCAUAUGCAGCAGAAUGGAUUUUGAACUAAAGGGUUCCAAUUUGACUCUUUAGUUCAAAACUAUGUAUAGACUCCAAGGGCUCCAUUCAAGGGCUCCUGAUGGGCAAGAUCAAAAUUUCAAGAACCAGAGAAAUAAGACCUUUCUUAUAGCAUGUGAUAGAAUGUCAGUAAAUAUGUAUCCGUACACACCAAAAAGCUACUGUGUAGGAAAGCUGUGUUCUGUUCAAGUAAUGGAGCUUCAGGCACUGUUUCGCUGUAUAAUAAAGCAAAAUCCUCAAAAGAGUGACGCCUUUGUUGCCCAACCAAAGUGCACAAAACACAUCAGCCAAGCUUUCAAGAUUCCACUAGCUGCUUCAUCUGGCCAAAAAAAUGUCAUACAUGUGAUAGUGUAGGAGGUAUAGGCCUCCAUUUUGUCUUUGAAAUUUCUGUUGUAGUUCAGUUGGUUUGGAGGAAUCAAUAUAGGCAAAAGCUGCCCUCAUUGAACAAAGGACUGAGACAAGAGGCAGCAAAAAUGAAUGUAUCCAACACAAUUGUUUUUCUUAUGCCAUAUGAUCACAAAUCCAUAAAACAAAACACUAAACAAAUAUAUAGAAGUGUAUAGCAAUAAUUUUUUUCCUUAUAAUCACUUUGAGGGAAAUUAAAUGAGGUAGGUUUCAUUCAGGGGCAGAUGGGAAAGUGACGACUCUGAAGUCAGCAAAUGAGCUUCACGUACAAGGAAGCAUUAGAACCAUGGUCUGGUUCUAGAGUUCAAUCCACUGCAUCACACCAUCCCUGGAUGAUAGCAUUUUUUUUCAGUAUUCAGAGGGUGAUUUGACUAUACUUCAACUAUUUCGAAGCCACCUACCUUCAAAGCCGGCAUUAUAAGGUAUGUGCUUUCCUUUCACAAAGCUUUUGACAAAGUUUGUUUCUCUGCCUAUUAAAUAUUCCUUUUGUAGCACAACCCUCCAUUUUGCAAGAAAAUUAUUAAACAUUUUAUUGAAUGCAUAUUUAGUAAAUCUUGGCUUUUAUGAUCUCACAAGACUAUUAAACUUGUAUGAGGCAAAUGAGGUAUGAUAGUGCAAUACCCAAAGUUUCUUGCAUUAUGACAGGUCACCAGAGACACUGUACUACUUCAUGACUCACAUAACACUGGAUUGCAGUGGAGAUGUAAUCACAAUUUCUGGGUGUCAAUUUGAUUGUCUCUUUUCCAAGUUGCAUGGGCCUGAGAUUCUCAAGAGGCUUCCACCUCCCAUCCAGGUGACAGGUAGGUAUGAUCUGAGUAUUUUCUCUAAGCUAUACAAUUCCUUUGUACUUAGGUUUAUAAGAAGUGGUAUAGCAUCAAACUAUAUUUUAUAGGCAUAUAUAAUGUUAAUGUCUAUUUCCUACCAGAAUGUCUGGAAUAAAACAGUCCAGUAACAGAAGUACUUAUCCUUUGUGUGGUUUUUCAUUAAUUCAUUUCUCAUUUCUCUUAAGGACGCCAAAUUAAUAUUUGUAGCCAAAAGAAGAAAGAAUAUAAAAUAUUUAAUGCCAACAUUUGAGCAAUACUGUAAAUUUUAGCAUUAUAAAUAAUGAUGCUCCAGUAUUGCCAUGAUUGUAUUGACGAAGAAGUAAGUAUCUCAGUAUGACAAUGCCAAGGGUCCAUCUUUGGGCCACCCAAAUUAUUUAGGGCUCCUCAGCUCAAAAUUUACAUGAGUACAUGGGUACAGACUAAGAUCUACAAUGACCUUUAAUAAUGAGCAAGGUGGUAUUAAUUUAAGAUGUUUAAACUCUUAGGCUCUCCAUAACAGAAUGCUUGUGCCCAUUUUGUGACCUAUGAAGAUAACAUGCUUCUGCAGAAGAUGUGAAGUUGUGAUAUUGUGUGUUGCAGCUCUGUAAAUAGUGACUGUUAAAUGCUCUGAUGCAGGUAAGUAUACAAUUCCUGAAUGCUGUUGAGACUGAUUUAACAGCCUUACCAGCUAAUAAUAAACGGAACAAGGUUUUGAAUGUGGUGCUGUUUUUAUUUUAUUGACUUUUUACUAAUGGGUAAAGAUUAGAACAUACCUGGAGAAGGACUAUAACCAGUUGAUAAAAUCAAUAUGAAAAUGGUAAGCGUACAUCAGAUUCCACUCUGGAAUCUCCUACUAGGGUUGAGAAAGGCCUUUUAGGAAGACAUUGCCAAUCCCAGUUCCAGGAGUUGGCAAAGUAUGGCCUUAAGAUAUUUUGUAACUACAUCUUCCAGCAGCCCAGGAAUAUCUGGAGAGAUGCUUAGUAUAGCACAAACCCUUGCUUUGUGCAGUUCUAAGUUAGAUGGAGCACUGGUUGAACUGAGUAUAAGCCAACAUCCUAUGUGUUCCUACAUUCUUGAUCUCUAUUCCACCAGGGGAUGUUUAAAAAUGGCAUCAAUUAUUUUGUAAGAAAUCCGUGUUCACAUACAUGCAUGUAUCAUACUCCGUGCCCACAUAUGUGCAUGCAUAAAAUUUCAACCCUGCCUGAUUUUAAGUGUCUUAUUUCAUCACUAAUCUAAACUAGGCUUCUAAGAAUCAAUUACAUUUUACAGACUUGACCUAUCCAAGCCAAUCUGUGUCAAUGUCAUGAUUUACAAGAGACUAAAAUCUAGUAUUCGCAGUUUUUGUAACAUACAUUGUCACAAAGGAAAGAGUAUAAUGAGUUAUGUGUGCAUAGUUUUGCUUUGCUUUUUAAUUUUGUGGCUCCCAAUUUAGUAAAUUAUCAAGGAUUUUUUAAUGAAAGCAUUAAGCUAUUUUUAAAUAGCAGUAAGCUAUUUUUCAAUGCCUUCCUUUCACCAGCUGACCUUCAUAAUUACAUGAGCUGAUGAUAUUUGACGUCAGUAUAUUGUUUGAAUAAUGUUUCUUUGUGGUGUUGGUAGUCUGUUUUGAGUAGCUGGAUUAAAGAAUAGUCAUGAUUGAUUUACUAAGAUUAUUCCAGUCUAAUAAUAAUAAUUUUAUUUCUUACCCUCUUCUCCCCACGGCUUGAAGGGAGACAAAGUACUUAGGCAACUUAGGUGUCCAUACAAGUCCAAAGACAUUAGCUUUACACUGAACUUCACUACAGACUGAAAUCGGUGCUGUAAGAUUUGGUUUGUGAGGCAUUGUGUCCCCAGAGUUCCCGACAGGAUGAUUGAGGGAUAGACUUGCUAAGUUUGUAUGCUUUGCCUGUUUUUCAAUAAAACUUUGUGCUCUUAACCACUUGUGUGUUUAUUAUCUUUGAAUUGAAAAAGUGCCCAUUACCCUUGGCAAGAGCUGUCCCCUGGCUAUUGGAGGGGCUUGCUUGGCUUCCCUCUGAUAUCUUUCUACUGGUAGGCAAAGCCCCUUUUUACCCAGGAAUUCAAUUGUGAAUUCCCUAUUGCAGAAGGCCAUUUAAUUGGGAUGUGCUUUAUUUUUGCCAUUAUUUUUGUUUCAUUGCCCUUUAUUAAGGUUUAACUUACAUUACAAGCUGCCUUGGCUCUAUGUGUUGUCAAAGGCUUUCAUGGUCGGAAUCAUUUGGUUGCUGUUUGGCCGUGUUCCAGAAGCAUUCUCUCCUGACAUUGGUUCUCAUACUGGCUAAAAAGUGGAAUCAUUCAUUAAUGGUCCUGCUUUUAUAAGGAAGGAAACAGUAAAUGCCAUGCUACCCAUUUGUUUGUAAGCCUUUCAUGAUUCUUUUGAAUUAAUAGGUGAACAAGUUAUUUCUGUUUUUGAGGGAAGUGAUGGCAAAGGUCUUACAUGUCAUUAUGAGCAGGCACACAAGUAUGUUGGUAAUAAGAGUGCAAGGCCCCAAAUAUGUACAAUUUAUAUAGCACAGCUGCUGAAUGGAGAAAAAUGGUGGGAAAUGGUUCAUGCUAGGUUGUAGACUUUGUCAAAAGUAUCUGUCUAAGACUCUGGGAGGACAGAGUGCAAGUCCCUGCUCAAACAUGAAAACCCACUGGGUGACCUUGAUUAAGUCACACUCUCUCAGCCUCAGAGGAAGCAAUGGCAACCCCCCCCCCCCCCCCGAACAAAUCUUGCCAAGAAAACCCUGUGAUAGGUCUGCCAUAGGGUCACCAUUACUCUGAAGUGUCUUGAGGGCAUACAACAACAUGAUAUUGCCUGGGAGUUGGCAUUUCUAAUGAUUUGGGGAAAUGUAUGUCGACAUAUUUCUUAUGAUAAACAAUCACUUGUCAAAAAUCACCACUGGCCGUUUGUAAUACAGAAAGUUAAUUAGGCAUUGUGUGAAAAAGUGUUUGCUGUAUAAGAAGAUAAUGAAGAAUUGGGUUGCUGUGAGUUUUCUGGGCAGUAUGGCCAUGUUCUAGAAGCAUUCUCUCCUGACGUUUCGCCCACAACUAUGACAAGCAUCACAGAGGUGAGGCAUAUUGGAAAUUAGUCAAUGGGGUUUAUAUAUCUGGAAUGUUCAGGUUGGGGAGGGGAGAACUCUUGUCUGUUGGAGGCAAGUGUGAAUGUUGUAAUUAAUCACCUUGAUUAACAUUGAAAAGCCUUGCAGCUUCAAGGGGUGGCUGCUUCCUGCCUAGGAAAAUCAUUUGUUGGGAGGUGUUAGCUGGCCCCGAUUUUUCCUGUCUGGAAUUCCGUUUUCUGAGUGUUGCUCUUUAUUUACUGUCCUAAUUUUAGAGUUUUUUUUAAAUACUGGUAGCCAGAUUUUGUUCAUUUUAAUGGUUUCCUUUCUGUUGAAAUUGUCCACAUUCUUGUGGAUUUCAAUGGCUUCUCUGUUUAGUCUGGCAUGGUGGGUGUUAGGAGUUGUCCAGCAUUUCUGUGUUCUCACCUCCCAACAAAGGAUUCUCUCAGGAAAUGAAUAUACAGUAGAGUCUCACUUAUCCAACAUUCACUUAUCCAGUGUUCUGGAGCCUCCGGUGGCCAAGGGGAUAAAAGCCUUGUGACUUGAAGGUUGGGUUGCUGACCUGAAGGCUGCCAGGUUCGAAUCCCACCCGGGGAGAGUGUGGAUGAGCUCCCUCUAUCAGCUCCAGCUCCAUGUGGGGACAUGAGAGAAGCCUCCCACAAGGAUGGUAAAAACAUCCGGGCGUCCCCUGGGCAACGUCCUUGCAGACGGCCAAUUCUCUCACUCCAGAAGCAACUCAGGUUGCUUCUGACACGGAAAAAAAAAUCCAGUGUUCUGGGUUAUCCAGCACAGUUUGCCUCCUGCCCUGAUCCACAGCUGUUUCUCUAGGCAGCAAAGAUUGGACUUUUAAUGAAUUUAAUUUCCAACAAUGUUGUUACUGUAAGUUCAUUUUACGCAAUUCUAUCUUUAUUUGUAGUCAAUUUUUUAGUAGCCAAUGUUUUUUUAAUCAAUGUUUUCAAUACAUUGUGAUGUUUUGGUGCUAAAUUCAUAAAUGCAGUAAUUAUUACAUAAUGUUAUCUUGUAUUGAACUGCUUUUUCUGUCAAUUUUUUGUAAAACAUGUUUUUGGUGCUUAAUUUGAAAAAUCGUAACGUAAUUUGACAUUUAAUAGGCUUUUCCUUAGUCCCUCCUUAUUAUCCAACAUUUCACUUAUCCAACAUUCUACCGGCCCAUUUAUGUUGGAUACAUGAGACUCUACUGUAUUUUGCUCCCUUUUUAUAAAUAUGCAGUGCUUCCACUAUCUGUGGAUCAGAGAAAUGCAAGGGUAAAUUGUUGUUGUUUAUUAGCUACCCACGUCUCCUCGGGGCUCAAGGUGAGCUCCCCACCCUCUACCCAACUGGGUAAACUGCAUUAUUUGGCAGUGUAGACAUAGAUCCAACCCUGGAGGCAGGGCGAGGAAAGCUUUUCCUUCUCCCUGCCGCUAGGGGGCGCUGCUCCGCUCCUCUUCCCCCGCCCAGGAGGAGCGCGCAGCCGUGAAGAAAAGGCGGCAGCGGGGCGGGGUUUCGCGGGUGAUAUGCAAAUGAGGUGCCACGGAUAGGCAUUAUGGGAGAGCGCAAACCGGGGCGUCUCAGGGUUCAGGGAUGGCAGAAAAGGGGAGUCUAGUCCCGCGGCUUAGGAGGUCUUGUAGUUUCCUUCCAGAAAAACAGAAAGGAGGCAAUUGAGGGCGAGGGAAAGGCGAUGGGCUCCGUGCGUAAACCUGUCUCCCUCUCUCUCUGCCGCCAGGGGGCGCUCCCUCCGCUUCUUUUUGUCUCCCUUUCCGAAGCUCAGCUCGGGAAGGGCGGGUGGGAUGCAAAUGAGGCCCCGCUGCAGGGCAGUGUGGGAGAGCGCAAACCCGGGCGUUUCGGGGUUUAGGAGCCGGAUGAAGGGGGUCUUGCCCCACAGAUUGGGGUUUACUUCGAGAAGGAAAGAAAUGAGGUGUUGAAGGCAGGGACGAGACGAUGCCCGCCGUACGUUAGAGUGUAUGCGGCACGGGUGGGGUAGGCGGCAGGCGAGGCAGAAAGCAUACUUACCUGGCAGGGGAGACACCUUGAUCAUGAAGGAGGUUUUCCCAGGGUGAGGCUCAUCCAUUGCACUCCGGGUGUGCUGACCCCUGCGAUUUCCCCAAAUGCGGGAAACUCGACUGCAUAAUUUGUGGUAGUGGGGGACUGCGUUCGCGCUUUC